AUGAAGUCCUUUGCCAUCGCUGCCUUCGUCGCCGUUGCGGCUGCUGCUCCUCAGUACGAGGUUGCUCCCCCAGCCUACAACACCAGCUCUGCGGUCGAGACCCCGGCCUACAGCACCCCUGUCGCCAUCCCCUCCUACUCGGCUGCUUCUUCCAGCUCCGUUGAGUACUCUGCUACCACCGUCGAGUGCUCCGGUCCUACCGAGGUCCCCGUGGGACCCAGCUACACCUUCACCUACACCGGCUCUGAGACCACUACCUUGACUUUCUCCUACCCGGUCAGCGCCCCGGCCGGCGAGUACACCCCUGCUCCCGUUGCUCCGUCCGCACCGGCCUAUCCCACCUCCAACGGCACUGUUCCCAGCGCGCCGUCUGCCUCCUACCCGGCUGGCACUGCGCCCGGCGCCCCCUCCGCCACUGGCAGCUACGCCGUGCCCUCGCCCUCUGCCCCGGCUACUGAGUUCCCCGGUGCCGCUGGCAAGACCGGUCUCUCCAUGCUCGCUGUUGCUGGUGCCCUCGCUGCUUUCUUGUAA